AUGACAGAUUCGAAUUCUCCGUCUAUGCGGGGCGUCUUCAUGGACACCUCGAUAGGUCCAAUUACGUUCGAGCUCUACUGGGAUCAUGCACCUAAAACUUGUCAAAAUUUCUACACACUGGCGGAACAGGGAUAUUACAACCAAGUGAUCUUUCACCGUGUCAUUAAGGAUUUCAUCAUUCAAGGAGGCGACCCCACCGGAACCGGACGGGGCGGCGUGUCCAUCUACGGCCACCCGUUCGAAGAUGAAAUCAGCCCCGAGUUAAAACACACCGGUGCAGGUAUUUUGUGCAUGGCGAAUUCAGGCCCAAACACCAACACAUCGCAGUUCUUUAUCACGCUCGCCCCCGCCAGCUUCUUGGACGGUAAGAACACCAUAUUCGGAAGAGUCUCGUCCGGCAUGAAACUCAUCAGACGUAUGGCGAGCAUCCCUGUCGACGAGAAUGACCGACCUAUAGAGGAUAUUAAAAUUUUGGUGUCAAACGUGUUCUGA